AUGCCCGCAAAGCAGAUGCAGAAGACGCGCUUGGCGGCGACGACCACGAAGACUGCCAUAACCCAGAAGCAAAGCCUCGAGAUCGUGCAGACACUGAUACAUGGCGGUCUCAGCAGCGUGACUUAUUUGCGAUCCUUGUUCGCUGAGAAGGCUYUCAGCGAUCAGCUCUACGAGCUGAGCUCUCGUGUCCCAUCCUACCGAGACUAUGCAGACGGAAAGCUGCCCAAACGCUCGGGCGUGAAGCAAACACAAAUGCAAGUCUUGCGUCGAGGUCGUAGCCAAAGAGCGGACAAGUUUCUUGACUGGCUGGAGGAUGUUGCUUUUGUUGCCCUCAAGGACGGCACACUCAGGGCAGUGCAGGUUUACGUUCACACCGACCCCGAAGACCGUGAGAAGGUGGUCGAGACAUACACAUUCACUGUCAAAUACCACACCAACCACCCCAAUGGCCAAACGAUCGCCGGUCUUGAGGUUGAAAGCCCCGGCGGCCCUCCGCUCACUGUCGAGGCUACCAACCUUGCCUUGCAAGAUAUGCUUCGUGAUAUCAUGCAUGUCUGCAAUCAUCUUCCUGAGCUUCCAGCCAAGCGGUAUAUCUCGAUGACUUUGCACUAUACAGAGGACAUUGAAGAUGGGCACCCACCGGAAGGUUUCGAACCUAGCAACUCGAAUCAACUUCGGUUUGCAUCGGCGGAUGGAUGGGCGAGAACCACCUCGGACGUCAAGAAGCUACGCUCUGCGUUUCACAGCACCGCUCUGAAAGUGACCCAUCUCCAUCAGCCGGUUUUUGAUGGUAUGUCAUGCAUCAUGCAAUCGACUCGAAUUCCCACGGAGCUCGAAUACAACGACKCCAUCGCAAAAGGAGCAGAGCUCGGGUCUGUAACAAACUCUGAAGCAGAAGAUGUGACCAUCACCCCCUCGACCGUUGUUCCCAGCGAGCUUGGUACCGUGACCGAUGGUGGUAUUGCGACUCCGGUGGCUACCGCGACGGUGUUGCAUGUUCAAGACAGUCAAGCUAUGGUAUCUGAGAACGGCGACACCCAGACAACCAAUGCACCGCGCAUGAAGAGUGCUCUCGGGGGGUUCAUGCUCCCUGAGAGGCUGACACAGGGCGAUACACAGAUUCAGCAACUUAUGCGCCCGCCACCACCGCCGAGAGGGAAGUCUGCGUCAAAUCCGUCGACAUCUACCAAAGUCGCCGCAUCAGAGAAGAUGCUGCUUUUACCACAAGUCGCCAACAAGCUGCAACAGUCCAAAGCAAAGCUACGACAGGCCGCACUCAAGCUUGCUAGGCCGGUUGUGUCUCGGGAGAAAGGUGCCGAUAUUGUGAUGUGCCAGUGCGGACAUCUGGAAGAGGAAGGUGGAGAAAUGAUUGGCUGUUCGUACUGCGACACAUGGCAACACUUUCACUGUUACGGCUUCACAGGUCCCGAUGACCCCCGUGUUCCUGACGACCAUGCGUGCUACCAGUGCUUGCUCGCUGGUGAGGAUGAAAGUGCGUUGUCAGCGUUGAAAGAGCUCGCUCUCAAGCGCCGCGGCAUGAGCUUCGCCCUUCGAAUCGGCCUGUGGCGGAAGGGAAAUCUGGCCAAGGAGAUGAAUGUUGACGCUGACGUCGGUCGCGGCAUCCACGAUUACUUACGCACGGAAGGCUUCGUGGUUAAUGUCUACAAGUCUCACAAGCCAGGUUUUGCGGCCACUGGAAAACCACUCUUCAUUCCGGUGACAGAGGGUCCUGCUCACGAAAAGCUCAUUCGGGAACUGUUUGAUCCGCUGCUUCACAUUGAAAAUUACUACACCACACUCGCGCCAACGCCCUCCGAUUUCAUCGAACAGCAGUUGUACGCGCUCCGGCCUGCAGACAUGCCGGCGCCUUCAACGCCYCAUCAAAAAAAGAAGGGCUCUGCGACUCCAGCCUCGAACCUUGACCUGCGAUCAUCCAUGACUCCAUACGAGACUCCUAUGCUCUCUCAUUUCCCAUCCCGCAAGCGCUCCUCGGGUGAGCACGGCAUCCACGACACCCCAGCCAAGCGUCGCUCAGUUAGAACACCGCUGAAUCACCGUCUCAAAGCCAUUCAGACAGCACUCAUUCUCAACGGAGACGGCAUGUCUUCUAGCCCUGCCAAUCGGUAA